AUGGACGCGCUGGCCUGGCUGCUGCCCCCGCUCCUGCUGCUCUGCGCGCGCCAGCACCGCGGCGCCAGAGCAAUGAAUGACAUUGGGGACUAUGUUGGCUCCAACCUGGAGAUAUCCUGGCUCCCUAACCUGGACGGCCUGAUGGAGGGCUAUGCCCGGAACUUCCGGCCCGGCAUUGGAGGCCCCCCUGUGAAUGUGGCACUCGCCAUCGAGGUGGCCAGUAUCGACCACAUCUCGGAGGUGAACAUGGAGUACACCAUGACGGUGUUUCUGCACCAGAGCUGGCGGGACAGCAGGCUGUCCUACAACCACACCAACGAGACCCUGGGCCUGGACAGCCGCUUCGUGGACAAACUGUGGCUCCCAGACACCUUCAUUGUGAAUGCCAAGUCCGCCUGGUUCCAUGACGUGACGGUGGAGAACAAGCUGAUCCGGCUGCAGCCGGAUGGGGUGAUCCUCUACAGCAUCCGAAUCACCUCCACGGUGGCCUGUGACAUGGACCUGGCCAAGUACCCCAUGGACGAGCAGGAGUGCAUGCUGCACCUGGAGAGCUAUGGCUAUUCGUCAGAGGAUAUCGUCUACUACUGGUCAGAAAACCAGGAGCAGAUCCACGGUCUGGACAAGCUGCAGCUGGCCCAGUUCACCAUCACCAGCUACCGGUUCACCACAGAGCUGAUGAACUUCAAGUCGGCCGGCCAGUUCCCCCGGCUCAGCCUGCACUUCCACCUGCGGAGGAACCGGGGCGUCUACAUCAUCCAGUCCUACAUGCCCUCCAUCCUCCUGGUCGCCAUGUCCUGGGUGUCUUUCUGGAUCAGCCAGGCCGCAGUGCCCGCCAGGGUGUCUCUAGGCAUCACCACGGUGCUGACCAUGACCACGCUGAUGGUCAGUGCUCGCUCCUCCCUCCCACGGGCGUCAGCCAUCAAGGCGCUGGAUGUGUACUUCUGGAUCUGCUAUGUCUUUGUGUUUGCCGCACUGGUGGAGUACGCCUUUGCCCACUUCAAUGCUGACUACCGGAAGAAGCAAAAGGCCAAGGUCAAGGUCACAGAGCAGAGGGCCGAGAUGGAUGUGAAGAACGCCAUCGUGCUCUUCUCCCUCUCGGCCGCGGGUGUCACCCAGGAGCUGGCUGUGUCCCGCCGGCAGUGCCGUGUGCCCAGGAACCUCAUGGGCUCCUACAGGUCGGUGGAGGUGGAGACUGGGGAGACCAAGAAGCAGGGUGGGCCCCACUCGGGGGCUCAGGGGGGCCUCCGUGCACUUUUCAAGCCCAUUGACGCGGACACCAUUGACAUCUACGCCCGUGCUGUGUUCCCCGCGGCCUUCGCUGCCGUCAACGUCAUCUACUGGACAGCCUACACCAUGUGAGGCUGGGGGCGGGGCUUCACUUGUCCUGCUGCCCAGAGGCUCUGGGGAGAAAGGCCCCUCGGAUGGGUGUGCCUGCUCCAUGUCUCAAAGUGGGGACGACAACAGACCACAUAGAACAAGAGGGAAGCCUCGGCCUCCCUAAGCCCCUCGCUGUCCCCACCCUCCCGGACACCGCCUGGGCUCUCCCACAUGCCUGCCCUGCAGACACCCUGGCCCAGCUCCUCCUUCCCAGCGCUAGAGCCGCCUGACCCUGAGGUUGGGCCAGGUGGGCGCAGGGCCCUGAGUGGGCUAUGCAUU